UUGGUUAUGUUCUGAGAGGUUGAAAUUAUGCUCAGUUAUGUUUUUGUUUACAUACGUAUCGGCUAGUGAGGCAUAUUGUGCAUCAAAAUGCAUUCUAGAAUUUCGGUGGUAAAAUUACUUUUCAGGAUAAACGCUGUCCCUGAGAACAUUCGAAGACAGCUCGCCUCGGAACCGUUGAGGCAGAAAAAGAAAAAAUCAUUUAUAAAUGAACCUGUUGAUGGAACAUCAACAACGACCAACGGAAGUCGUAUCCUGAAGGAAAUGAAAGAAUAUUUCAAAUCCAUUGGAAACAUAACGAUACUAGGGAAAUUUCCGCCCGAGCUGCUCACAAGAAAUAAAAAACACCUCGAGCGGUUUUACCUAGCACAUACGGAAAGUGCGGAACUAGUAGCGAAGCACAUCACCGCAGGUCUCUCCCCGGAUAUGCUACUGGUCGAGAUAAAUCCCGGUCCGGGUUUGCUUACCCGAGAGCUGCUAAAGUGCGAUAUCAAGAAGCUACUGCUAGUAGAAAGCGAAAGCCACUUCGAAAGUGACCUACAAAAACUGAUGGCCACCAAAAUGAAAAGCGAGUGGGACUUGAUGCUAGCUCAUUUCAAUGGAAACUGUAAACUGUCGUAUCAAAACAGAGGAAUAAAACUAGAACAACUUUUAGCAGAACAAUCACAGAAGCAAGAUGAGGUGAAAUUUAAGCUGUUUUCCGCCGUGGAUUCACUUAAGUUUUUCAAAUCGCUCACUGGUUCCGUAGCUUCCCAAACGGGACUUUUCUCGUUGGCCAGGUGGGAGAUGGUGGUAGCAGUUCCACCGCUCAUUUUUAUGCAAUUGACGUGUAGCAGAAACGCCGGUUACGGAAUGUACCGCAGGCACACGGUAUUGUUUCAGAUAUUUUUCGAGCAUGAGUUGCUGGCCACAAUUCCACGACGGCACAUGCUUCCGUGGCCACCGAGGGCAAUGAAACGAAAACCGUACACCGUUCGCAUGCGAUACGAGCUGGAACACGCGGAUGAGUGGUAUUUGGUGCGAAUAAUUCCUCGAGGAAAUCUUCUAGAUCUAUGCCCACCGGAUGACUUAAAAGCGCUAGUUUUUUUCAUCAGUCAAAGUCUGGCCUGUCGGACGAACCGCAUUAUUCCGACGAUGGAACAAUGGAUCCCCUAUAGCGGAGCCCGAUUGAUUCUGAAUCAAAACUACGUUCCAUCGACAACGGAGGCACCCGUCAUCGAAGCGGAAGAUUCGCAACCAACAGUUAAUCGAAAAUCGUCAUUCUUUCGGAAGAAUGACCUUCCCGAACGGAUAACGAUUUUUACCGAGUUUGGUGAACUUACUCCCUCACAGAUGCUCAGCUUAUUCAACGAGUUCAAAAGUUGGCCCGAAUACCGACAGUCACACUUUCUAACGACGAUGGAACAACACGAUUCGAAAGAUCAUGCACUUUCGAAUGUCGAAGGGGCAACUGAGACAGACACAGCGGAGGCAGCUGACGUCGAAGAUACGGGGAUUGUAAAGCCGUCGGUGGUUAAGCAAGCGAAAAUUGAAGAUCCUGACUCGUAGGAAAUGUACUCGGUUGUUGCGAAUAAAACGUUUAAUGUUGAUUACUGGUUGAUUUACUCAA